AUGAUAAAAUCAGAGAAUAAAAUUUCACAACUAAAACAAAAAUUUGAACAAUUAUCAAUACAACAAAACAAUAAUGAAUCAUUAAAAAAAACAAAUAGUUCAUAUAUUGAAAUUCAAAGAGUAGUUGUAAAAAAUAAAAAUAAUAUAGCUACAUUCCCAUCACCAUCACCAUCCCCAUCACCAACAACAUCAAUAACAUCAAAAACACCCACAACUUCUACAACAUCAAAAACAUCACCUCAUAGAAUAUCAAAUAUAAUAAAUUCAUUUGAAAAUAAAAUAGAUAAUCAAAAAAAAAACCCUAUUAAAAAUGAUGUUUUAAAAAACACACACCCUAUAUUGAAAAAUCAAAAUAAUAACACUCAGCUACAACCAAAUUCUAUAAAUAAAAUGAAUACAAUCACUGAUACAAAUAAUAUUCAAACUACAGUGCCACAGUCCCCAAUGAAUAAACCCAGUUCAAUAGUUAACAAUCAUACUCCAUCAGCUACAGUGACCACUACAAAUACAUCACAUUCCAAUUCUGAAAUAAACAGCUCAAAAAAAGUAACCCAAUUAAUUAAUAAAUUUAAUAACUUUUCCAAUAUAAAUAAUACAUCUAUACAUAAUAGAAUAAAUAAUAAUAGUAAUAGCAAUAGUAAUAGUAUUAGUAUUAGUAAUAGUAAUAGUAAUAGUAAUAGUAAUAGUAAUAGUAAUAGUAAUAGUAAUAGUAAUAGUAAUAGUAAUAGUAAUAGUAAUAGUAAUAGUAAUAGUAAUAGUAUUAAUAGUAUUGGUAAUAGUAAUAGCAAUAGCAUUAGUAAUAGUAAUAGUAACAGUAAUAAUAUUAGUAAUAGAAUGAUUAAUAGAAUAAAUAACAAUCAUAGUAUUAAUAAUAGAAAUAAUAUUGUUUGUAUAAACAAAGAUCAUACACAAUUAUUUAAAAAUAUAUGUAGUUAUAAUAAUAAUGUAAAUAUGGAAAAAAAGGAAAUCAUUAAAAUAGAAAAGGAGGAGAUUGUAGAUGAGUUUGAAAAUGAUUGUGUAAUAUGUUUUAAUGAAAUGACAAAUCAAGUAGAAAUAGGAAUCUUAGAAUGUCAACAUUCUUAUUGUUAUAAGUGUAUCAAAGAAUGGAUGGAUAAUGGUAAAAAAGUAUGUCCAAUGUGCAGAGCUCCAUUCUCUACAAUUAAUAAAAAGAACAUAGAACAACCAGAAACUUCAUUAAAUAAAGAAGAACCAAACACAAAUUCAAAUUCAAAUUCAAAACCAAAGAGAUCAUUUUUUGAACAAAUGCCCCCUCGUUUAAAUAGCUUUCGAGAUUUUUUAAACUUUAUGGAAGUUUUUAGAAACAAUCGUAGCGUAAACAGCAAUUAA